GGGUUGAGUGCAGGCAGAAUAACCUUAUUCCACUUGCUGGCAGAGCUGAAGCUUUCUGCUUCUUGGAGAGAGCAUGUAUAAAAGGAAUGACCUCAUGGCCAAUGUGAUGAUCACCUCUGCCACGCCAGAGGGUAGUAGCAGCUCAGAUUCUUUGGAAGGGCGGAGCUCGGAUUAUGCCAAUAAAAGCUACGAUGCAGUUGUAUUUGAUGUAUUGAAAGUAACUCCUGAGGAGUUUGCAAGCCAGAUUACUCUUAUGGAUAUGCCAGUAUUUAAAGCUAUACAGCCUGAGGAACUUGCCAGCUGUGGAUGGAAUAAGAAAGAGAAACAUAUCCUUGCUCCAAGUAUUGUUGCCUUUACUAGGAGGUUUAACCAGGUCAGUUUUUGGGUUGUACGAGAAAUUUUAACAGCACAGACCUUAAAAAUAAGGGCAGAAAUAUUGAGCCAUUUUGUGAAAAUAGCUAAAAAGCUUCUAGAACUGCUUAACCUCCAUUCUCUUAUGUCAGUGGUAUCAGCUCUGCAAAGUGCACCUAUUUUCAGGCUGACAAAAACCUGGGCUCUUUUGAAUCGCAAAGAUAAGGCCAACUUUGAGAAGUUAGACUAUUUGCUGUCCAAGGAAGAUAAUUAUAAAAGGACACGCGAGUACAUCAGAAGCUUAAAAAUGGUUCCUGCUAUUCCAUAUUUAGGUAUUUAUCUCUUAGAUUUAAUCUACAUUGAUUCUGCAUACCCUGCUUCAGGCAGCAUCAUGGAGAAUGAACAAAGAUCCAACCAAAUGAACAAUAUUCUCCGAAUAAUAGCUGAUCUGCAAGUCUCCUGUAACUAUGAUCAUCUUACAACGUUACCCCAUGUGCAGAAAUACUUAAAGUCUGUCCGUUAUAUUGAAGAGCUUCAGAAAUUUGUGGAAGAUGAUAAUUAUAAAUUAUCAUUAAGAAUUGAGCCAGGCAACAGCUCUCCACGACUAGUUUCCUCCAAAGAAGACCUCGCAGGUCCCUCUGAACCUCCUGUACCAAGGCACAGGAAAAGUCACAGCUUGGGAAACAACAUGAUGUGUCAGUUCAGUGUCGUGGAGAGCAAAAGUGCCACGUUCCCAACAGAGAAGCCACGCCAUCUGCUGGAUGACAGUGUCCUGGAAUCGCACAGUCCUGCGCGCAACCGCGUGCUAAGCUCGGUUUUCUCUAAUGGCAUUUCCAUAGAUAGCAGUGAAAGCUCAGAAUUUAGUGAGGAACUGUCUUCAGGACUUGAAAGGGGUCGUUUGUAUGCCACGCUGGGGCCUAAUUGGAGGGUACCAAUCAGGAAUUCUCCCAGGAGUCAAAGCUGUAUCUACAGCCCAGCAGGAGCCUGUAGCUGCACAUCAGGUACUUCUAUAGGAGUUGUUACCAUGGAAGGGCCCUUAAGAAGGAAAACAUUGCUCAAAGAAGGCAAGAAACCUACUAUCUCAUCAUGGACUAGAUACUGGGUUACACUUUCAGGAUCAACUCUUCUGUACUUCGGAGCAAAAUCUUUAAGAGGCACUGAAAGAAAACAUUAUAAAUCCACACCUGGUAAAAAGGUCUCCAUUGUCGACUGGAUGGUAGCACUACCUGAUGACCCUGAACAUCCUGAUAUUUUCCAGUUAAAUAACCCUGACAAAGGCAAUGUUUACAAGUUCCAAACUGGUUCAAGGUUUCAUGCAAUAUUAUGGCAUAAGCAUUUGGAUGAUGCCUGCAAAAGCAACAGGCCUCAGGUACCUGCUAAUCUAAUGUCAUUCGAAUAAUUUCCUGUCUUACGUGGUGUGACUUCAAGUGCCAAACUGAAGAAACAAACUAUUGUUCUCUUAAAGAGGAAGAGGAUAAAAAAAUGGUUUCUCCUGACAUGAGCCAGCCACAUAUAUUUCAGCACUUUCCUGUGUAACUUGAAAGUGAUUCUGGCACAGCUUUUAAAAGCAGAAAGUGAAUGUUGUCCCUAGGACCAGAUAAAGUCUCAUGCACUGAGUGAAAGUAGACAAUUUAGGUGGACAGAAGAGUAAUCCUGACUGCUGCAGGAUUCUAGAGCCCUCAACUCUAAUUUUGUGGUCACAGACUGCCCUGAAAAAGUGUUCAGACACAAACUUUGCAUCAUAUCUUCUGCCUAUUCUUUUUUUAAACUGUUAUUUUUAUUAUUAAGCUGCUUUGUGUGACUGAAGAACAUUUGGCCCAUGUUGGGUUUCAAUUCUUUUCUAAUGCACAAAAUGAUUUAUGGUGUUAACUUGCUGCAAAGUGACAGAAUAGAAAAUUGUAGAACAACAUUUUUAUAACUUAAGUGCACUGAGUUGCUUGGCAAUGUGGCUGCCUCAGAUUUUAUAUCAAAUUUCUGGACAAUUUUGCUGUUCAUAUUUGAGCUAUUUGAAAAAAAAAAUGUAUUUUGGCACAGGACAA